GAGAAAGACACUAUUCUCAAAUGAUAACUUUAUCUCAUUUCUCCACCAUUCAUCUCUUGUCUAAUUUCCAACCAAACCAAUAUUUCUUUAUCUUUCAACUCAUGAAGAAAAAAAACAUGUACCACAUUCACCAAUAAAUAAACAAAAAAGAACAAAAAUGUUAGCCUCUGCUAGCUUAGGUUGCAGAAGACCAACAUGUUGUAAUGUUCAUCAACAAACAAGGAACAGCUUCAUGGCUAAAACACAGAGCAACAAUGGCAAAUUGAUGAUGGUGGAUUGGAGAGGAAAAGAAUGUAACAGUAAGAAAAGUAAUAGGGUAGUGAAAUGCAGUGGUGGAAUUGGGCUAGGCGAUUUCAUUGGAGGAGAUUUGGUUAAACUUGAUCUUGGACGUUGGCUUUCAGAUGUUGAAGAACAUAAAGCACUUGCAAUAUAUACUCCUCAUGAAGGUGGUUAUGAAGGACGUUACUUGUCACGUCUUCGACGUCAAGGUUACUAUUUUCUUGACCUUACAGCUCGAGGACUUGGUGAUCCUGAAACCACUCUCACCAAGAUUCACCCCGUUUGUCCUCCUCAUUUAGGAAAGCAACCGAUAGCAAGAUGGUAUUUUCCACCGGAAGUUGAUUACAGAUUGGAAGCAUUACCACCAAAUGCCAAAGGAUUGGUGGUGUGGAUCAUUGAAGCCAAGGUUCUCUCCAAGGCAGAAUUGCAAUUCCUUGCUCUGCUGCCUACACUAAGGCCUAAUGUGAGGGUCAUUGCUGAAUGUGGAAAUUGGAGAAAGUUUAUGUGGAAGCCACUAAGUGAAAUUGCUGGACUAACUACUAGUCAAGAAGCUUGAUAAUGAUGCAUUGCUGCUUAUUAAUGCUGGUUUUUCAAUCAUCGACAACAAAGUAGAAACAUUUUCAUCUGUCUUCAAGCUAGAAGAUGCAAGGAUAAAGGAAGUUCAUUGUAAAUAAUUAGAUCUGUCACAACCAUGAGUGAUAUAUAUGUACAUUCUCAAGGUUUAAUUUUGUUAUGGCAUGCACAAACAUUGUAAUCAAAGAUGGUAUUAAGGAAAUGCUAUUUCUUCAAAAGUUUUGUAACAGAUUUUCAUUGUAACAUAUUUCUUCAAAAGUUGUGUAACAGAUUUCCAAUGAAAAAAGAGUGUUCCUGCUUA